GGUUUUCUAGCCGUUUUAUCUCAUUCAUUCUGUCAAUCCUAUUGUACCUAUGAUUUUGAUGAUUACAAAACACAUUUGAGUGACUAAUUAGUUCAUUUAAGUGUGUAGCUAAAAUGUCAAAAGAUUACAAAAUAAGUAAACUUGGAUUGCACUAAAAAUAGACCAAAAGGCUUGAAAAUGUGCAGAGAGCCGGUUGUUAAAACUUGCAGCCGGCUGUGGCAGUGCAAAGAGCCUGCUCUGGAAGCUGCAGCCGGCUCUACAGAGAGUGAAGAUGAUGCUAGUAAUGAUGAGUCUAGCAAUGAGGAGGACAUCACCAAAUUGGUUUCAAAGGAAGUGAAGAAAUACAUGAAGAGGAGCCUCAAAGGGACAUCCUCUAGAAGAAACAAGGAAAUUCACUAUUCUAGAGGAAGAAUAUAUAGUGAUGAUGAUGAUAGAGGAAAGCCAAGCAAGAAGCAUAUCAAAUGCUAUGAGUGCAACAAGAUGGGGCAUUAUAGAAAUGAAUGCCCUCAAUUGAAGAAGGGUGAAAGGAAAAACAAGAAGAGCAUGAAGAAGAAAGCCUUUGCGGCCACUUGGAGUGAUGAUGAGGCUAGUUCAACAGAAAGUGAAAACUCCUUGGAGAAUGGUGUUGCAAAUCCUUGCUUCAUGGCUCAAGAGGAUAGCAACAAUGAUGAGGAGGUAAACUCUAACUUCUCUAGUUCAAUUAAUGAAAGUUCUUUUGAGUAUUCUUAUGAUGAUUUAUGCAAAGUUCUUGAUUGCUCUAUGAAUGAUAUCAAGAAACUAGGAAAUAAGAAUCUUGCUCUUACUAAAACCAUCUCAUUGCUUAAAAGUGAAAUUGUAUCUCUUUCAAAACAAAAUGAGAUUUUAGUUAAAGAAAAUGCCUCUUUAAAUGGUGAAAUUGCAUCUUUAAAGAAUGAGGAGUCUAGUAAUGCUUUGAAAAAGGAAAAUGAGGAUGCAAAGAAGGAAAAUGAGGAUUUAGAGAAGGAAAAUGAGUGUUGAUACAACCUUGUUGAUUGUUAUAGAUAUUACUUGUAUCAUAUUUACAUACUUGACAUAUGUGAAUGAUUAGAUUGAUUAUCUAUCAUAUAUAGUUCGUAAUGAGCUCUUGAUGGUAUAAGUGAUUUUCAAUGUCAUAUGUGUCACUUUGAAGAUGGUUGAUGAUUUGAUUUAAAUGAGUAAUUUUAAUAACUUAUCUUACUUUAC